AUGGCGCCUGAUACUACCUCUAUACCGGGUUAUACAAUUUUCCGUGAAGAAGAUUAUGGAUCUAGUUCUGCUGCUAGUCAAAUUACUGGGAGACAGCCCCAUCCACUUGAUCAAUUGUCUAUCGAGGAAAUCCCCCUCGCUGCAAAGCUGAUCCGAGAAUUCGCAUCCCCCAAACAAGUCAAAUUCAACUGCAUUACGCUUCGCGAACCGCGCAAGGCCGAGUAUGCCGCGUAUCGUCAGGGUUUGGGACCUCGUCCUGAUCGUCGCGUGUUCGCAAUUGUCCUCGAAGUCGGAACCGCCAACUGCGCCGAAGUUGUGGUAAAUUUGACAAAGCCCACCGUUGAAGAAUGGAAGGAGGUCAAGGAAGUUAUGCCUACAUUGACUCUUGAGGAUUUGGAUAUCAUGGAGCGCAUCUGUCGUAAAGACCCGCGCGUGAUCCAAGCCUGCAAGGAGAUCGGGAUUACGGAUAUGUCCAAGGUCUUCAUUGACGGCUGGGCAAUCGGUGUUGAUGAACGAUGGGGUUUCGAACGCCGACUACAACAGGGAUUGGCGUACUACCGCGAAUCUGCAUUCGACAAUCAGUACGCUCAUCCUUUGGACUUCUCGAUUGUGGCCGAUACGGAAACCGAAGAAAUCCUCAGUGUGGAUAUUCGCACUGUGAAUGGUGAGCGAACACAGGUUCCUCUUGAAGGAUCAAAUUAUUUGCCCGAGUUUAUUAGCGAUGGGUACAAACAUGAUCGUUUGAAGCCUAUCAAUAUCACGCAGCCGCAGGGUGUUUCGUUCCGUAUGCGUGGAAACGAAUUGUCCUGGGCUGGGUACAAGAUGCAUAUUGGCUUCAAUUACCGUGAAGGUAUCGUCAUUUCGGACGUGCGUAUCGACGAUCCAUACCAGGAACGAGAGCGGACGCUCUUCAACAGGAUCAGUGUUGUUGAGAUGGUUGUCCCCUAUGGCAGCCCUGAUACACCUCACCACAAGAAACAUGCCUUUGACGUCGGCGAAUACGGUUCAGGUUUGAUGACGAACUCGUUGAAACUGGGCUGCGACUGCAAGGGAGCUAUUCACUACCUCGAUGCCAUCGUCUCGACAGGCAAGGGAGAAGCAGCCAUGAUCAAGAACGCAAUCUGCAUUCACGAAGAAGAUAACGGGUUGCUAUUCAAACACACCGACUACCGCGACGGGACCGUCGUUUCAGCCCGUGAUCGCAAAUUGAUCAUUUCUCAAAUUAUCACUGCUGCAAAUUACGAGUACGGCUUCUACCACACCUUCACGCUUGACGGCACAUACAAACUCGAAGUCAAACUCACCGGUCAACUGAACACAUACCCCAUGCAUCCCACCGAACAAGCCGCCCCCUGGGGCACCGAAGUCGGUCCUCGCAUCAACGCGCAGAACCAUCAACACAUCUUCUCGCUACGUGUCGACCCCGAAAUCGAUGGCACCAACAACUCCGUCAUCCAGUCGGAUGCACUCCCCUCCGAAGAGCCCGUUGGAUCCCCCAACAACUAUUACGGAAACGGCUUCUACGCAAAGAAAACUCCCCUCCGUACCGCCCUUGAAGGCGCAGCAGAAUACUGCCACGAGACAAGUCGAUCAUGGGAUAUUGUCAACCCCAACAUCAUCAAUGAAAUAUGCCAUAAGCCCGUUGGAUACAAGAUCCUCAACAACAAUUGUCCGCUCCUGUUGCCCAAACCAGGCAGCGUAGUCUGGAAACGAGCCGGAUUCGCCCGCAAGGCACUCUGGGUCGUGCCCUACAAGGACUACGAACUCUUCCCUGCAGGUGAUUAUGUGUGCCAAUCCGACGGCCGCGACAACCACCCAGAUAACCAAACGGUCGUAGACUGGGCAAACCGCAACGAAUCAAUCGAAAACACCGAUAUCGUCUGCUACCUACAGUUUGGGUUGACGCAUUUCCCGCGUGUGGAGGAUUACCCCAUCAUGCCUGCUGAGCCGGUCAGUAUCAUGCUGAGAGCGUCGAAUUUCUUUGAGAAGAAUCCGGGUCUUUGGGUGCCGCCGUCGGCGGUUUGUGUUGAUACGGUUUCGCACGAUGCGUUUCCGUCGGCAGGGAAGUGUUGUGGUGGUGGAAAGAGUUUGAAGGAUCAGUCUAGAUUGUAA